AUGUCUGUUCCUGAGUUACCAGAGGGUGAAUUGAUCAGAGCGUACACUCUGCAGAAUGCGGAGAGUGGGUUGGGGAACGACUAUUUAAAGAGGAAGAACGUGAUACGAGUGCGAAUGGAGGGCGAGCAAUUUUUAUUGCAAGCUAUGAAUGUGGCGUGUGUUGUAGAAUGGAUUGAGGGCCUGCAUUCUGCGACGAAUGUUUCAUUAGACCUUGAUGAACGUCCGAUGCCCAGAGGUCCGCUAUUCCCUAGGUCCUUGAAUCGUGUGCUAUGUGUCAUUCUGGAACUGACUGUUAUCUUUACUUAG